GCUUCGAGCUGGAGGCCUUCCUGGGCUUGGGGGACCAGUGGCGGCUGCCGGAAGAGGUCCAGCGUAGGGCUCUAGCUGUGUGCGCUCUGUACCGGACCUACAACGGCAGGCGGCACGGUCAUUUGGAGAUUUCGGACUUCGAUGGGGCGUUUGCCGAGUGCCUCCGUGAAGGCCAGCGCGGGGUCGAACGUUAA